AUGGAUCCGAUCGUGGAAGUGGUGGCUCUGGUCCUGGGGUUCAUUGGGUGGGUGAUGGUGGGGAUCGCCCUGCCCAACCGUUACUGGAGGAUCUCCACCGUGGACGGGAACGUCAUCACCACAUCCACCAUCUAUGAAAACCUGUGGAUGUCAUGUGCGACGGACUCGACCGGGGUGCACAACUGCAGGGAGUUCCCUUCACUGCUCGCUCUAAGUGGUUACAUCCAGGCGUCUCGAGCCCUGAUGAUCACGGCCAUAGCGUUUGGUGCCAUUGGACUGUUUGCGGCCCUGGUUGGAGUACAGUGCUCGAAGGCAGGCGGGGAGAACUAUGUCCUGAAGGGGAGGAUCGCCGGCACUGCAGGGGUCAUGUUCAUACUCCAAGGUUUGUGCACGAUGGUCGCAGUGUCCUGGUACGCCUUCAAUAUCACUCAGGAAUUCUUCGACCCGUUCUACCCUGGGACGAGGUAUGAAAUAGGAGAGGGGCUUUACAUCGGCUGGUGCUCGGCUGUGCUCGCCAUCGCAGGAGGGGUCUGUCUCACCUGCUCCUGCAAACUGGGCAAGGAGGAGCCAUAUCCUUUGCCUUAUCAGAACAGAGGAACCGUAUAUUCUGGAACUGCUCCGACCAGAAGCGUGGCUGCCAGUACUUACGGCCGAAAUGCUUACGUUUGAGCCGACUGUGAAAACAGAACUAUGUCGAUCAAAACCUCCUUCAAAUGCCCGGGUCACUUUCUGUUGAUGCACCUGACAUGUCCAAGUGUCCCCUUCUACUCUCUGCUGAACGUCCAUGCAUCCAAACACAGCACCACUGGACUGUAAAUAACCAC